CUUCUCAAUGCUGAAUGCUUUAAUUGCUGUUAAUUGAUUCCGUAUUUCAUCUUUUCCGGAUCCUUCUGCUUCUGUUUUCUGUCUUUCCAUUUUCCUUUUUCGCAGUUCACAGUUGGGUUGAGGUCAGGUAGGGGAUCUGUCUACAAACUAUCUGUGCUUUUUAUUUUUGGUGCAAAUGAUCGAGUACAUAUAUUCUGUAGCCUGUAGAAGAAUGAAUGGGAUGAUUUUGCAAGGAGGAUUCUCCAUGUAGAAGUCGUUUUUAUUAAUUAUCAACUCUUCCCUAAACACAUUCUUGAAAGAGGUUCACACUAGCGCUUUGAAGGGAUCUCAUGGAUCAAUUAUGGGACCUCACUAGCUUGCUGGGCAUGCUGGAUUCUUGGCAUUUUCUCUAAUAAUUUGGGUUAAACAUCUUGUCAGAUCUUUGUUUGGUCGUCACUUCCCUUCUAUUUAUGUACUCAACAACAAGCAGCCAACUUGCCAUUAAUUUGUCAAUUAUUAGUAGAUAUUGGAAGACCAAAUUCUGUUGGGUGAAAGGUUUUUAUUGACUGUUUGCUCCUUAUGGUACUGAUACUAAUAGAAGGGUACACAAUCUGUAGGCUAAUAUGAGGCCUAGUGAAGAACAAGUAGGAUUAUAAGGUGUAAAGAAAUAAAUUGUUGAUGAAAUGGGUUGUAUGGAGUAAUUUUCUCUUUUUCUUUGCUAACACUUUAAGGGACUUUCUGAGCACUGAUAUGUUGCUAUUGUGGAUAUGCUUUUCUUUAGGAUACAGUCAAAUCAUUACGAUAAGGGUUAAUACUUUCUCCUGCAAAAACUAAAUCAGAGGGGAACCAAAAGUCAAAGGGAUUGCCGUUUCUCUUCAUCAUUCAAUGCUUUAUGUUUUAACUUUUAAAUGAAGGGAUUUCAUCUAAUUCCUACGUAUGAAUUCACAGUCAAAGUAUUCAUUCCUUCACAUAAAACUAUGCGCAAGAGCAACAUUUAGGAGUUCUUUUGCCUUUUUUUUUUUAUAAAAGAAAAUUAUUUAUAUCCGAUUUAGUAAGACGAAAUUUUAAGAUUGAGUAGUUCAUGGCUUGGGGAGGGUCAUAUUUUGUUCUAACGUCUGUGGUGUUUCAGGAGGCCAAAGUAAGACGAAUUAGAAUUUAGACAUAAAACCUAAUAGAAACUAUGCUUGGAUUAUGAGAAUAAGGCAACCUUGGCACCAAUAAUGGUUUUACAGUGGAUGUACAAUGACAAUAUUGAUGAUUUCCUUAUAACUACGAAACUUAGGCUUAGUUUCAGGAAAAAUAAGUUGAAAUUAAGGCCAAUAAGUUUAGAUAAGCUGCAGACUAGGGCCAAUAUGUUCUAGUAGGGAACAAUCAGUUGACAUAAGGACUAAUAUGCUCAAAUCAAGUCAGAUGAGCGCUUUUCAACGGAAAAGAAUGAAGCCUAAUUUGCCCUUAGUAUAACUUUUUACUCCUGAUCAGAACUAUUUAGCCUGUAAUUGAACUAUAGUUAUCUUACUUAUAGCUGUGGAGUCAAUAUGGUAGGCUUUAUCUCUACUUAUUGGCCAUUAUAUGAAUUUAUAAGAGAUGAGAACUUAUCUGCUCUCAUAUGAGCUUAUCUGAACUUUACGAAACCUCUCUUAUCUGAACUUGAUCUCUUGAAAUUACAACUCUUAUGUUGAACAGAAUGAGGCCUUAGUUUGUAUUUAUGCUUUGUUCUUUUCACCUUAGAAAACAAAAUUUAGAAAUAUCAAGUGCAAAUAAGCUCAUAUAAGGGGCUAAUUAAGCUCAACUCAAAUCUAAAUGCUAAAAUCAGUCCAGAGCUUUCCAUUAAGUUUAUAUAAGAAUUGAUUUGAGGUGAACAAAAAUCAAUAUGUUUAGCCUACUAUUUUACCUUAUAACGAGGCAUUUCGAGUUUCCGCAUAAUUUUACUUUUUAAUAUACUUCCUCUGUUUUUCAAUACUUGCAAUGUUGGAAUGUGCACAAGGACCAACGAGAUGAAAGGGUUUAAAAAGAAGCCCCAUGUGCUAGGAGAGAGAGAGAGAGAAUAUAUAUUGGACAAAAUGUCAAUGUUGCAAGGCAUAUUUGUUGGUGGAAGCAAAGUUGUUCACUUCACUCCUGACCGUAACCAUAAUCUGAGUGCGGAGGCUUCUGACAGUUCUGAUCUUGUGAAGGGCAUGUCUUCUUCAUGUCCAACUUUUCCUGAUUGUGGAUUUAGGCAACCAAACAGUGGAGUUGUCCUCUCUUGUCUAGACUGUUUUCUUGGCAAUGGAUCACUCUACUUAUUCGAAUAUGAAGUCACCCCAUCUGCUUUCCUUGCCAAAUUAAGGGGUGGAACGUGCACCACCGCCCAACCUGACCCGCCUGAAACUGUCAUCCACCGGGCUAUGCAUCUUCUUCAGAAUGGGUUUGGGAACUAUGAUGUAUUCCAGAACAACUGUGAGGACUUUGCUUUGUAUUGUAAAACUGGUCUAUUGAUAGUUGAAAAUUUAGGGGUCGGAAGAAGUGGUCAGGCUUCUUCUGUCAUCGGGGCCCCACUGGCUGCUCUUCUUUCUUCUCCUCUCAAGUUGCUGAUGCCAAGUCCUGUGGGUGUAGCUACUGUGACAGCCGGAAUGUACUGCAUGAGUCGUUAUGCUACAGAUAUUGGUGUCCGCAGUGAUGUGAUUAAGGUAGCGGUAGAGGACCUUGCUGUUAAUCUUGGUUGGAAUGGCUCCGAGGAAGAAGAAACUCCUGACGAGGGAUCUUCAAGUGAUCUGAUUACCCUGUGACACAUACAUGAUGUAUCUGUGACACUCAUUGAACCAAGUACAUAUCUUCUCAUUAGAAUUGACAAGUGUAGUAUUGACUUCAGUCAAUACAUAAAUAAAUAUUUUUUGCUCACGUUGAUAUCUAUUACUUGAAACCUUGUAACUUGUAAGUGAAUUGCCAAUGAACGAAAUCAUGGAAGUUCAUGCUUACUUUUGCAUAUGGUAUUUUCCAAAGUAA